AUGCAGACAACAGAUAGAGUCUGUGAGAUAAGUCACCCCCAUAUCGCGCAUUUCUUCCUGUCGGCUCCCGGCAGCCUGGCGAGCGAGGACCUCUCUCUGGAAGAGGCGACCGCGGAGGAAGACGAAAACGGCGCAUCUGCCGGCAGGGAUCACCGGCAUCACCAUCAUCAGGACGCGCGAAACGCUGUGACGUCGAACGCGCCCUCCUCGAGCAGCCCGCCGUCACGCCACCAUCAGACUCAGGACGAGGCGGAUCGCUGCAACGCGCUGCAGGGUGGUGUAAUUUUAUACUCACCGCAUUCCACGUCCACCGUGCCCGCGACGAGCGUGAAUAUCUGCAAUGUACCAACGCUGACCUAUCGCGGCGUUUUCACCACGACAUGUACGCAGUCGUCACCCCUGAGCAAUCUCCAGGGCGACCAGCAGCAGCAGCAGCAACCGCAGCAGCCGGCGGGUCAGGAGCUGUGGGCGCCGUUACCUUCGCCAACCUUAACCUUGGCGGGUCAGCCGUUCCUUCACCCCAAUCUACAUUCGACCGCGUACAGCGGCGAGACCGUUGAAUUGCUGCAGGUCGAUUCGAAACCACCCCCGCCGCCUGGUUAUCACGACACGGCGACUACCACCCCCGCGACCUGGCUGACGGGUCACGAGGACGCUUACGAUCCUGGUCUCCUCUCCCAUCAUCACCCUCACACACAUCAUCAGGAGACGACGUUGAAGCAGGAGCCAACCGGCACCGGUUACACUCCCAACGUACAACAGCCGCAGCAGACUCAAGCGCAGACCCAGCAGCAGCAACAGCAACAAGCUCCGCCGUCUGCCACCUGCGGCUCCACGGGGGUCCAGCUGGCCGAAUACAAUCCGAGCACGUCGAAGGGCCACGAGAUUCUCUCUCAGGUCUAUCAGCAGAGCGCCUUACCGCUUCGAUUAGUCCCUGUGAAGCCGCGAAAGUACCCGAAUCGACCGAGCAAGACGCCGGUCCAUGAGCGGCCCUACGCCUGUCCGGUGGACGGCUGCGAUCGCAGGUUCUCUCGCAGCGACGAGCUCACCCGGCACAUACGCAUUCAUACCGGGCAGAAGCCCUUCCAGUGUCGCAUCUGCAUGCGCUCGUUCUCGAGGAGCGACCACCUAACCACCCACGUGCGCACGCACACCGGUGAGAAACCGUUUUGCUGUGAUCAGUGCGGCCGAAAGUUCGCCAGGAGUGACGAGAAGAAACGCCACGCGAAGGUGCACCUCAAGCAGAGGCUGAAGCGCGAGGCGUCCCACGCCAAUCCGAGAACCCAUCACCAGAGCCACGCGUCGUCACCCUGCAAUCAAUGAAUUCCAUGACAACGACAUGUUGAUAAAGUCCCCUUUAACGUUGAGAUCUCAUUACGUUUGUCACGUUCUGACAAGUUGUGAUCUAUGUCUCCCCGAGUCUAUCUCUCCUCCUAUUCUC